AAAAAGCAGAAAGAAGAAGAAGAAGAAGAAGACAUGGAGAGUUCGACAGAGGAGCAAAGAAAUAGAGAAGAAACAUAUAAUUUGUACAGCCCUUGCUACUUCUUUGAACAAGUCAUCAAAGCUUUUCUCAAGUGCCUUGGUCAAGACUCCACUACAACUGAAGAUCCUCCUUUACAUGCAGAAAGAGAGACGAAAGCCACAGAAGAUCAUCAGUUUGCAGUGAACGCCACAAGGUCAUCAAUGGCUUCAAGAAGGCCACCAAGACCACCAAUAAGCUCCGGGGGAGGUGGUCAAAUCAAUCAAUCUUCAUCUUAAAUUAAUCAUGCUAGCUAAUUUAGGGUCUGAAACAGUACUAGCUAGGAUCUUUUUCAUGAUUCUCAACUGGGCCUCAUGGUUUUGUAUGCUUUCUAUAUG